AUGCUUGCCUCUAGACAGGUUCUGGGCAAUGUUGCCCGGAGCCGCGCCUUUGCCGGCACCGCCACGGGCAUCCGCCGCCUCGCCACGGUCUCCGACUCUCCUCUGGACAGAAAGGUCCGCCAGAACAACUGGGAGGAGAACAACUUUAUCAACUACAAGAAGAUGUCCGAGAAUCUCGCCAUUGUUCGCGCCCGUCUCAACCGGCCGCUGAACUACGCCGAGAAGAUUCUCUACUCUCAUUUGGACGACCCACACGGCCAGGAGAUUGAGCGCGGCAAAUCGUACCUCAAGCUCCGACCCGACCGUGUUGCUUGCCAAGACGCCACCGCCCAGAUGGCCAUUCUGCAGUUCAUGUCAGCCGGCAUGGACGCCGUCGCCAACCCUACCACUGUUCACUGCGAUCAUUUGAUUGAAGCUCAAGUCGGCGGCGCAAAGGAUUUGGCCCGCGCCAUCAACAUUAACAAGGAGGUUUACGACUUUCUUUCCAGCGCCUGUGCGAAGUACAACAUCGGUUUCUGGAAGCCAGGUUCCGGUAUCAUUCACCAGAUUAUUCUGGAGAACUAUGCCUUCCCUGGUGGUCUUCUCAUUGGUACCGACUCUCACACCCCCAAUGGUGGUGGUCUCGGUAUGGCAGCUAUUGGUGUCGGUGGUGCUGAUGCCGUCGACGUCAUGGCCAACUUGCCCUGGGAGCUGAAAGCUCCCAAGGUUAUUGGUGUCAAGCUUACCGGCCAGCUCUCUGGCUGGACGGCCCCCAAGGAUAUCAUCCUCAAGGUCGCCGACAUUCUCACCGUCAAGGGUGGAACCGGCGCUAUCGUCGAAUAUUUUGGUCCUGGUUUGAAUGACAUCUCCUGCACAGGCCUUGCUACAGUCGCAAAUAUGGGUGCUGAGAUUGGCGCAACGACCACAGUUUUCCCAUUCGGCGAUCGGAUGUACGACUACCUCGCUGCCACCAAGCGCAAGGAUAUCGGCGAUUUUGCUCGCACUUACGCUAAAGAGCUUCGUGCGGAUGAGGGUGCUGAAUAUGACCAGCUGAUUGAGCUCAACCUCUCUGAACUCGAACCCCAUAUCAACGGCCCCUUCACUCCUGAUCUGGGAACCCCCAUCUCCAAGUUUAGCCAAGCUGUCAAGGAGAAUGGAUGGCCUGAGGAGCUCAAGGUUGGCCUCAUCGGCUCCUGCACCAACUCCUCUUACGAGGACAUGUCUCGUGCUGCGUCCAUUGCUCGUGACGCUCUUGACCACGGUAUCAAGGCCAAGGCUGCCUUUACCGUCACGCCUGGAUCCGAGCAGAUCCGCGCUACCAUUGCCCGUGACGGUCAGCUUCAGACUUUUGAGGAGUUUGGCGGUAUUGUUCUUGCCAACGCUUGUGGUCCCUGCAUUGGUCAGUGGGACCGCAACGACGUGAAGAAGGGUGAGGCCAACUCGAUUCUCUCCUCUUACAACCGUAACUUCACUGGUCGCAACGAUGGCAACCCCGCUACUCACUCCUUUGUCACCUCGCCUGAUCUGGUUGUCGCCCUCACCAUUGCUGGCUCCCUCCACUUCAACCCCCUGACCGACAAGCUCAAGGACAAGGAUGGUAAAGAGUUUAUGCUGAAGCCUCCUACCGGCGGCAAUGGUCUUCCUACGAAUGGCUACGACCCUGGCCAGGACACUUACCAGGCUCCCCCCAAGGACCGCUCUGCUGUCCAAGUUCAGGUUGCCCCUACCUCGGACCGUCUCCAAGUUCUUGAGCCUUUCCAACCCUGGGACGGCAAGGAUGUUAAGGACAUUCCCAUUCUCAUCAAGGCUCAGGGCAAAACCACCACUGAUCACAUCUCCAUGGCUGGCCCCUGGCUCAAGUACCGUGGGCAUCUUGACAACAUUUCGAACAACAUGUUGAUCGGUGCCAUCAACGAGGCCAAUGGUGAAGCCAACAAGAUUCACAACUUUACCACUGGUGACUGGGAUGCUGUGCCUGCCGUUGCCCGCGAUUACAAGAAGAAGGGCAUCAAGUGGGUUGUCGUCGGUGACUGGAACUACGGAGAGGGUAGCUCCCGUGAGCACGCUGCCCUUGAGCCCCGUCACCUUGGUGGCUUGGCCAUCAUUACUCGAAGCUUUGCCCGUAUUCACGAGACCAAUUUGAAGAAGCAGGGCAUGCUUCCGCUUACCUUUGCCGACCCCGCUGACUACGACAAGAUUAAGCCUGACGACAAGGUCGACAUCCUCGCUACCCAGCUUGCUGUCGGCAAGCCCAUCACUAUGGUCGUUCACCCGAAGGACGGCAACUCUUUCGAGGUUCCUCUGCAGCACACCUUCAACGAGGCUCAGAUUGAGUGGUUCAAGAAUGGUAGCGCUCUCAAUACGAUGGCGGCGAAAAAAUAA